UUGAAAAGUGAAAUUGUAAACAAAAAUAAUAUGGCAGAGAAUACGUUUCAACCAGGAACAGGUGUAGCUCCUGCUACUCUAGUCGAGUUGUCGAUUUCUUGUCGAAAUCUAAUAGAUUCAGAUGUAUUUUCAAAAUCAGACCCAAUUGGUGUGGUGUUUGAGAUGGAUAAUGUCAACAAACAAUACAGAGAAUUGGGAAGAACUGAAAUUAUCUGGAAUAACUUGAAUCCAGACUUUGUAAAGAAAUUUGUGAUGCAUUACUACUUUGAACAAAGUCAAAAACUGAAAUUUGAAAUAUAUGAUGUUGAUUCCAAAUCAGCUGACCUGUCGAAACAUGACUUUUUAGGAAGAAUGGAAUGUACACUUGGAGAGAUUGUUGCUUCAGGGACCAGAUACACCAGGAGACUUCUGGGACCAAAGAAAAACAGUGGGACUAUAAUUGUUGGUGUAGAAGAAUUGAGCAGCUGUAAGGAACAAGGAAAUUUCCAGUUUAGAGCUUCAAAGUUAGAUAAGAAAGAUUUCUUUGGAAAAUCAGAUCCUUUCCUGACCUUUUCAAGGGCAAAUGAAGACCGUUCGUUUACAGUCGUUCACAGAACUGAGGUUAUUAAAAAGACACUGAAUCCAACGUGGAAACCUUUUACUAUAUCAGUCAGAGCACUUUGUAAUGGGGAUUAUGACAGGUCCAUAAAAGUUGAAUGCUAUGACUGGGAUGCAGAUGGAGGCCAUGAUUUUAUUGGAGAAUUCCAAACAACAUUGAGAGAACUUUCAAGAGGACCAAGCCAGCAAAAUAUUUUUGAGUGCAUCAAUGGAAAGAAGAGGGACAAAAAACUAAAGAAGGGAAAGUCAUAUACAAAUUCAGGAGUGAUAGAAUUAAUGAGUUGUAAAAUGGAGAAAGUUUAUACAUUUUUGGAUUAUGUUAGAGGAGGGACACAGUUAAACUGUUCAUUUGCGGUAGAUUUUACAGCUUCUAAUGGGGAUCCAAAAUCUCCUUCAUCUUUACAUUACAUGAAUCCAUACAGACCAAAUUCAUAUCAAACAGCACUUAGAUCUGUUGGGGAAAUAAUUAAAGAUUAUGAUAGUGAUAAAUUAUUUCCAGUCCUUGGUUUUGGUGCUCGUCUACCUCCAGAUGGCGUUGUUUCUCAUGAAUUUGCAUUAAAUGGUAACCCAAAUAAUCCUUACUGUACAGGUAUAGAAGGUGUUUUAGAAGCUUACAAUAAAGCCUUACAUUCAAUACAGUUAUAUGGUCCUACGAACUUUGCUCCAUGUAUCAAUCAUGUGUCCAGGUUUGCUGAAGCUAAAGCAGGAGGAAGUGACUAUUUUAUUCUGCUCAUUGUAACGGAUGGUAUUAUUACUGACAUGCCACAAACAUGUGAAGCAAUAGUUCAUGCUGCUAGUCUUCCAAUGUCCAUAAUUAUUGUUGGUGUAGGUGAUGCUGAUUUUGAAGCAAUGGAUAUUCUAGAUGGAGAUGAUGUAAGGUUAUCAUCAAGAGGAAAACAUGCUGAAAGAGAUAUUGUGCAGUUUGUUCCAAUGAGAAAUUUUACUGGUCGUCAAGGAGACAGUCCUGCAGCUCUUCAGGCUAUGUUGGCUAAGGAGGUACUAGAAGAAAUUCCUGACCAGUUCUUGUCGUACAUGAAAACACGCAACAUCAAACCGAAACCACCACUACAGAGGCAACUGACAAUAUCAUCAGUCACAUCUCUUCCAGCAUCCGAGCAAUGAUUUAGACUUUUGUAAAAAAAAAAUCCAGGUCAAUGAAAUAGAUCUUAAAAUGUUCGUUAUAUAUUGAAGUAUCAUAUAAAUAGUGCUGGUCCUGAUUUAGUGCCAUUUGAUCUUGAUCCCUCUCAUAUUAGUUCAGAUGGUGGUGAUUUGCAACUAAGAUAAUAUAAUAUGAUUUUGAAGGGAUGAAAAAAAUAUGUUUUUAUUGUAAUGCAUGAAUUAUAGUCUAUAGUCAUAUUUAAGUGAGCAUAUUUGAAAAAAAUUCAAGGCGAAAAUUUACAAAAUAAGGUUGUCACAUAUUAGUUGUUUAAAUAUCUAAUGCAGACUACUAAUAUUGUAUUUUCAUUAAAUUAUUUACAAUGACAUGGGCAAUUUUUCCCCCUUUCAAUUAUUUUUUACUUUUUUAAUCUACUAAUAUAUGUGGGGUAUAUGUCAAUGAAACAACACAAAAAAAAUCCAAAAGACAUUUUUAAUUACAUUUUGUUAUAAAAUUAAUAUUAUAGAUAUUAUAAUAAAUGAAAUGAAUAUUAUUAUAAAUAUAAUAAGAAAUAUUGUUAUUUAUUUAUUUAGUCCUAUUUAAAGUAUAUGAACUGUAUGGUGCAUCAAAUCAUCUCUAUUGAUAGAGAAAUGAAGUAUAAAAUGGAUCUGUAGAUCAGUCAAUGAUAUUUUUUGCAAUUUUCUAAAUAUUAUUUAUGUGCUAAGUUUUUGUUAUAAGUUAGUUACAUAGGUCACAUAUAUGUAGACUAAAAAGGUGCAUAUUUGUAAUAGAAUUGUCAUUUAAAAGAACAAUCUUAAUAGGUGUGCCAAAUAAUAAUGUAAAUUUGUACAGUUUUUGAAUAUGACAAGAAUUGUGAACAGAUAACCAAGAAUUAGAUGUUUGUUUGUCGAUUUCCUUAGAGUUUCCUGUUUUGUAAUAUAAGAUCAUUUGAAUAUUAUCAUGUGUAAGCACUUAUUGGUAAGACAGUGUUUUAGAGUACCUAUUUCCUUGUCAACUAGGAGCAAGUUUAGGAAAAGUGAAAGUACUGAAAAAUCACAGCAAAUGUUGAUUUUUGAAAUUUUAAUUAUUUAGCUGUGAGAAGGAAUAAAUUGACUCUACAUGGAAACGACAGUCAGCAGUAUGAAUUUUGAGAAAGUUCAGAACAAUGACCUAUAAAUUAAAUAGCUUUUUAAAAUGUUUUAGGGCAUUUCUUGUAGUCUCAGUUAAUAAAAAUUAUAUAUUUCUUUAAAGGGGCAUAAGCUACAAUUUACACCAAAAAAUAGAAUAUGAUUCCAUUUUGUUUCAAGUAUUCAUAAAAGUGGAAUUUUUAUAUAAAAUUCGUUACAAGCAGUCAGUUUGGCUCAAUUAUUAAAACUUGCAAGUCAAUAAUUUAACCUCUUUGAAUCUGUAUUCAUGUGACCUUCAGUUUAACCCCUUAGCUGGAGAUUCGUUACGCAUGUACUUGGUGUGUUCAAUUGUCAAAAGGAAAAGAAUGUCAAAAUUGAAAGUGAAACAAGUGUAAACCAUUUUGUUGUCUAAUUCAAUCCACAAAAAAAAUCAAUCAAUGAUUAAAGUAUUUUCUAACCUAUAACAUGAAAUCAAACAGACCUAGAAAAAACCAAUUGCACGUGAUGGAUAUCUAUUUAUAUUUAUAUCUAUAUCAGGUUAUAUGACCGUUGGCAGUCUUCAGAGGUCAUCUCGAAGGUUAAGAUGGUGUCUAGACUAAAAUACACACGUUAUACAUGUAAUCAAGUCCAUCAUCGUUAAUUGUUUAUUUCAGACUGUUCGUAAUUUGUAUAUACCAGACUGUUCGUAAUUUGUAUAUACGUUUUAGUAUGUUAUUAAUCAAAUAUGAAAAUUUGAGUCAAAAUUGGUGAACAUGAAUUUGACAGCUAAUGCCCCUUUAGCAUUAUAUUUGUGUAUAAAUUGUAUAGAAAAUUUUUAAUCCUAGAUGAAUUUGCGUAAAAUUUUGAUACUAUUUUACAUUUAACAAACUAAAACUUUAAUAAAUGUAUAAACUUUGAAUGAAAGCAUAAGUUUCUUAUAACAAAUUAUAAUUAUUAUCCAAAAUCUUUCAUCAUGCUAUGCUACUAUUGUGUUAAAAAAGAAAUCAGUUUUGUAAAUAUGAUGUGUCAAUGAUUAAUAAGGUUAUUGUGUGUUAAUUUUUCAAAAUAUUUUAUAAAACUCAUAUUGAUGUACUGUGUGUCCUUUGUUUAAAUCUGCUGAUUUAAUUAUUCACUUUACAAUAAUCAAUGAAUAAUUGGAAAUGGGUUGAUUUUUAUACCAUCAACUAAUUUCUAGAUAGUAUUUACCAUACAAACAAGCCCUUAUUAAAUUACCCGGUCAUUAAACAGCUACUAACAAAGGUUGUUAGGUUGGCAGACAACUGAGUUUUACCUAUUCUUCAGACAUCAAUCAAACUUUUUGAAGUUGUUUCUCAUGUUUAAAUGGUAAUUUAAGGAAUUUAUGAUUGAGUUUGUCAAAACAAUGUCCAGACUGAAAUAUAUAUUAAUAAGGAUUUGAAGUGAAAAAUAAGCAAAAACAUGUUACUAACAUAGGCCCAAAAAUAGAGCAUGUGCAAAGGUAUGCUUAUCUUAAUCAGUAUUUACUGAAAAAAGAAUGUGAAAAAAUUGAGGAACCUUGACAAAAAUUUUCACAGAUUUCAUAGAUUCCGUCUCUGUUCCAAGGGUAAUCACUUUUAAGUCAACAUCUGGUAUAUAAAAGUAAUAAUAAAAAAUGCAGAACCUCCCCAUCAAAAUACAAGCUACAGUCAGUUUACAGAACCAAUGACUUAAUUCAAAUUAAUCGAUUUCAUUUGUUUUGUCUAAAUUUCUUGCCUGGAUUCCCCGGUGGUUACUUUUGUUGAGUUGAAUGUCUUAAGUUAUGAAUACAAAAGAACUUAAAAAAAUGGAAUUUAAAAAAAGUGACUGCCUGACUCAAGUUAUUUUUUUGAAACCCUGUUAUGUAUGUUGAUAUUUGUUUGUUCCUACCUCUUUACUUACACAAUUAUAGAGAAUCAGUUUUCUAAUUUUGUAUUCUUAUUUGUUCUUUAUUGUAAAAGGACCAAAUUUAAUUUAUUCAUACACCAUUUCAUUUCUGUGUUAUAGUUUUAGUUUCUUUUUUUCAACUCGUAACAUUUAGGUUUUGAAUUCGCAAGCAUUUUGUCUUCCAGCUUCACUGAAUAUACCUCAUUUGUUGAAGUGUGCAUCUGUUGCAUUUAAAUGAAUGCUUUUUAAAGACGGUUAGAAUGGGGUAGCCUACAUGACAAUUUUUUUAAAAUUCCUUUUAAAAUAACAUAAACAAUGAACAGUUUUAUCAUUUUGAUGCUUACUGUAGCUCAAAAAUACAAUCCGAUGCAUGAUGAUAAAAUUUUAGGCUUUUAGGUUAAUCGUAUUGAAAAUGAGGUAUUUGACUCUUGACUAUAAAGGCUAUUUUUAGCCUCUUUAAAAAUGUUAUCAGUAAUAUAUCAUUAGUAUUUAUAUCAGCUGUUAAACAGGUUGUUAAUUUUUAUAAUGAGUCACACAUGGUGGUGAAUUUCAUGGCAUAUGCAAUGUUGUUAUGACUGUUACUUAAAGCUUUAUCAAAAGUGAUGUUUUUACAGUUACGGUUUCAGAAUAUUAAUCUUACACUUUAAAGGGCAUUGUGAUCAUUGUAGAUUAAAUGCUAUGUAAGUGUGAAAAAAAUACCAAUAUUUUUCCAGAAAUCAUUUUUCAAUAGCUAAAUUUCAUUUUUCAAAAUAAUAACAAUAAGAUUAUUAAUGUUAGGGAAAGAUAUUGACAUUUGGCAGAAAAGCUAGCAAUUGUAGUGAAGAAUGGAAGAUGAGCUCUUAGAAAAUAUUUAUUUGUAGUAAGGUGUGUAGUGAAUGGGAACCUUUCUAAUUAUGUCACUCUUCUAAUUAAUAUUAUUGUUUUGUUUAUGUUAGUUCCUUUGUAUUUGUUUCACAUUCCAAUUUCCAAGGUUGUACCUAGCUUUUUUCCACGUCAAAUGAAAAUUUAAUUAACCAUUUUAAUUUUCGGUUGGAUUUUAUGUAGUGCAAUGCCAAAUUUCAAUUUUAAUUGAUUUUAUUCAGGGGAAAGGGGCUCUUAUUAUUUGUAGUCAAUAAUAUGAAGGACUUAAAACUAAGAACAUCCAUGACACUUUUCAGUAUUUUAUUUGUUUGUUGGGGGUUUAAUGCAUCUCUUUAUAGAUUCCCUCUAUUUCAUGGCUGUCAGUUUUAUAUUGCUAACUUAUUGAUGGUUUGUCAAAAAAAAGAAGAAAAAAUGGCUUGUGAUUGAGUUUGUCAGUAAAUUUAGUGUACUGUGUUAGUGUGACAACUAACUGGAGAAAGACUUUUAAAACACCUUCCAAAGUGGUGAUUGUCAGAUGUAAUCAGUUAACUACUUUGAUUAUAUAGCUAGACAACCAUUGUGAAAUCCACUGUCUUGGUAAAGAUUUUUUUUUUUAAAUAUUAUUUUUUAAGGUUGUAGAGAAAGUCAUAUCAUUUUAAACAGUGUUGUAAUAGACUAGAUUGAUUAUUAGGCUUGAUACAACUUUUUAGAUUCCUAAAUUUCAGAUGAUAUUUUGGUUAUCAAACUGCUAUUCGUAAACAAAUAAAGACUAGCAUUCACAAAUAUGUAACAAUACGCAAUACAUCAUAAUCUAUUUUUGGAAGCACUCAUUUACAGUGAAACUUUUUUUUUUCUGAACAGAAUUUAUUAGGACUAACAAUGUUGUCCAUAUUAGACAGGUGGUCAGAUCAUGUCAGAAAUAAUAUAAAAAAGAUGUUUUUAGACAUGUUUUUGGUAAACAUGCAAGUUUUAGUUUAAACAGGUUUGGUUGUAUAUCUAUUUGAAGAACCAUGCUUUUACUACAUGUAUAAGCAUAAAUUUAAACUACAUAUACUAAUGUAGAUCCAAUUAUUCAGAUUUACAGCUUAGAGUUAUUAAAGAUUUUUGAAAUAAAAUCAUAUUCCUUUAUUACUUCGUGAAGUUUGAAUGUCAAACUUUAGUACUGUUUGUAGAUGUUAUUUAUAUCCACUCCAUAAUGCUCAUCAAUUCCUUUUAUUAAAAUAGUGUCCAUUGUUAUCAGUUGUGUGAUUCACUAUUGUAGAAUAUUUACCCUUAUACUGUUGAAUAUCCUUAUAUUUUAUUUGAUUGUGUUACAUUACCAUACAAUAUUUACCCGUAUACUGUUGAAUAUCAUUGUAUUGUUUUUAUCUGUACAAUAUUUUAAUAAAGUAUACCAAAAUAU